AUGGAACAAGACGCGUCGAGCUCAGGCGGAUGGCGCUUUGCCCAGUGUUUCGGUGACAAGGGCGACGUCGAGGACAUCACAGAAGCGGACAUCAUCUCGACCGUCGAGUUUGAUUCUACAGGCAACUAUCUUGCAACAGGAGACAAAGGCGGGCGCGUCGUCUUGUUCGAGCGCAAUGAGAUGAAAAAGGGAUGCGAAUACAAGUUCUACACCGAGUUCCAGUCACACGAACCCGAGUUCGACUACCUCAAGUCGCUCGAGAUUGAGGAGAAGAUCAACAAGAUCAAGUGGUGCAGACGGCAGAACGCUGCGCACUUCCUGCUGUCCACUAAUGAUAAAACGAUCAAGCUAUGGAAAGUAUUCGAGAAAUCGCUGCGUGUCGUCUCCGAGUCCAACCUGCACGAUGGACAACGACCACUCGCACCACCGAUGCAUGCACAAGACCUUAAGCUGCCUCGCAUGACUCAGCAGGACAACAUCAUCGCGGCAGUGCCGCGGAAGGUGUACUCGAAUGCGCACGCAUACCACAUACACUCCAUUUCUGUGAACUCGGACCAAGAGACGUACAUAUCUGCCGAUGACUUGCGGGUCAACCUCUGGAACCUCAAUAUCAGCGACAGGAGCUUUAACAUUGUCGACAUCAAGCCCGUCAAUAUGGAGGAGCUCACAGAGGUUAUCACAGCCGCAGAAUUUCAUCCGACACAAUGUAACCUCUUCAUGUACUCGAGCUCGAAGAGCAACAUCAAGCUUGCAGACAUGCGCGACUCAGCAUUGUGCGAUCGACAUGCAAAGAUGUUCGAGGAGGAGGAAGACCCAUCAAAUCGGUCGUUCUUUUCUGAGAUCAUCUCUUCCAUUUCGGACGUGAAGUUCAGCCGUGACGGUCGAUAUAUUCUGUCGCGCGACUACCUCUCCCUCAAGAUCUGGGACGUCAACAUGGAAUCACGACCCGUCAAGACCAUUUCGAUCCACGACCACCUCCGGGGGAAACUCUGUGACCUCUACGAGAACGACUGCAUCUUUGACAAGUUCGAGUGCACGUGGGGCGGUGACGACAAGCACGUCCUUACUGGCUCGUACCACAACUUCUUCCGGAUAUACGACGUUGACACCCUCAAUGACGUCGUACUGCAAGCCGACAAAUCGGCAUUUAAGGCGAAGAAGAUUGGGGCACCCCUGCCAGGGAACAACAAGGCGAGCGUUAAGAACGGCGCUCGGCCCGGCGGGUUGAGGGAGGCCAUGGCGCAGGACACGCUCGACUUUAACAAGAAGAUUCUCCACGCGAGCUGGCAUCCUAGAGAGAAUACCAUUGCUAUUGCUGCGACGAACAAUCUUUUCUUGUACAGCGCCGCAUAA